AUGGCUGCUGCAGCUGCCGUCCCCAUGAAGGAGAAGCCUCAGCGAAUCUUUGAGGGAAAGUUCAGAGUUGGCUCCAAAUCACGAAAACAAAAGAAACCUUCUAAAGCAAAGCGUCCCACAACAGGACUAGAGAAGGACAGAGACCAAGAUUCCGCAAACGAGGUCCAACUGAUGAACACCCACUGGCUAAUUCGCCAGAGCCUCAUGCCAGACAAGAACCUUUUGAUGAGAGGUGGCGCAUUUGCAGAUCCCUAUGAUUCAUUCCAAUUUCCGUUGGGGCCGGAAAGUCAGAAGUUCAUAUUCUAUUACCAACAAGUAUAUGCCGUCAACUGCAUCGCCCUCAAUCUCUCACCGGAUUGCUUCUAUUACGUCAGAGAAGAGCUUGCCAUGUUUCAUGCUGUUAUGUAUCUUGUCAGCCUGGAUCACAAUCUGAAAUACGGCUUGACGGAUUCUCCUGGUAGCCUAUACCAUGGAAGAGAAGCCUUCCGUUUGAUAAACGAGGGUCUCGAGGCAGGCGUGAUAAGAGACACUCUCAUUGCAGCUGUAUCAAUAGUAAUAUCUCGAGAGAAUCUCGCUGGCCAAUUUGAAGAUGCCAGAAUCCACAUGAAGGGUCUUGAACUCAUGGUGAAGGCCCGAGGAGGUAUAGAAGGUGUCGAACCUGCACACAGAGGAGUGGUCACUUGGGCCGAUUUAUCGUAUUCUAAUGUUUGGAAAUGCAAGCCGUCCUUCUCGCAGAUCACCUACAAAGCCACAAAGGGCGAUGCAGAAUUGCCCGCCAAGUUGAAAAACAAGGUGGUCUCUACUGAAGGCGCCUUUGGGGUGACCUCGCCAACAAAUUCCAUCUUUCGAUCUCUGAGGCGUAUAUCUGCAGCUCUCAGCCCAGAGUACGAGGCCCCCUUGGAUAGGGCAGCAAUGAGCCAUCAAAUUUAUGGAACAGAAUUCAAUCUGCUUAAUCUUCAAAAUGAAUUCAUCGAAGCUCUAAAUCCGGCUGAGUAUCUCUCGUCUAGUUCUGUUCUAAUGAACACCGCUGCAUACAUCUACCUCUACCUCAUUUUGAGAGAACUUCCAACCAAAUCCAAGCUGCUUCUCAAGCUAUCUCAACAGCUGCGAGAUGGCCUCGAGAUGCAAGAUGAAGGGUGGUGGAACGCAAAUCCAGAGAGACAACGGUGGUUAUUAUGGGUGCUAUUUAUGGGAUAUGGAGCUGCGUCAGAAUGGCAUGAGAAAUGGUGGUUUGUAGAAAAGAUGGAGCCUCUGGGCGCAUCACUUAUGGUUUGGACAAAGGAUGAACUUGAGUCUGCAUUAAAAGGGAUUGUUUGGGAAAAGUCGUGCGCGGAAUUUUUGGAGACGUUGUGGAAGGAUAUAUCGCAACGCGAUAGGUUUGAGUUGGAGUUAUACUAA